CCAAAUAAUACAACGCGGUGUUUACCAUUUAUCAUUCCUCACUCCACUAACAACUGUGUCAUGGUCGAACGAUAAAGGUGACCCAAUUUGUACUUGAAAAGGAAUGAAAAUCCUGGCGAUCUGCAGGUGUUGACAAGCUGUGAAUGACUAGAGAGGACUGUGGAAGUUCUUCGAGUAGAAUAACGAUAGUUCCAGAUUGAUCUUGCGUUUGUUCCGAUGGGAUGUUAGUGAUUCCUAGUCGAUUCUAUUUUUAAAUGGACAACUGGUGAUUUCAGCGCAGGUUAUAUAUAUUAUAAACAGAAGUGAACCAGAUUCGAACCUUCACCACUUGUGUUUAUAUAUAAUGAUGAUGUCGACAAUAUCUGGAAUAGUUCUACUAGUCGUAUGUUUGGGUGUAUGUGUGGAAAGUAAACUAACAUAUGGUUGCUAUGGACCACCCGGAUCACCGUGUACCAAACACACUCUAUCUUGUGACAAAGGGGAGGUAAUUAGCUUGACAGAUAAUUUGGGCGUCAUAACGUUCGCAAAGAAACGGAACUCGAGCACUUGCGAGCCAGUGUUACAAGAUGAAUGUGACAAAAAUUCAUGCUGCAAACCAGGCGAUGACUCCAAACCAUCCGACGUCAUGGCAGUCAGCGAAACGGAUAAAAUACUAAUUUAUAACCAAUGUUCUAAUAAAGAGUCUUGUACGAUUACCUCCCCUUAUAAACAUAAUUUAGAUUACAAUUAUCUACAAUAUUUUUAUUUCUGUAUGCUGGGUUCCAACGUGAAUAACAUAACAGAUAAACAGAAUACGACCCACUCCCGUUCCGGUUUCCUGUAUUUUACUGGUCAGACCAAACCAUCAUCACAUCUUACCUGUUCCUGUGAAGUAACCAGUCCUGGCAAGAUAAACGUCAUCAGCUAUUUCACCAAUCUGUCCCCAGACACCUGCUCCCGUGUUAAAAUAUCCUCCCAGAAUCGCCAGCUAGUCAAGUGUGAGGACAAAGGCGGUGCCCUUAUUUUCAACAAAUGGUUAGAUCAAGUUAAAGAGUCGAUUACCAUAGAUUUCGAUGACUUCUCAGCCAAGAGAACAGAUACUUUAUGGUUCGAGUUUGGUCCGGAACGAGACAAGGAAUUAAAUAUCAACUGUACUGGAUGCAUUCAUAUCAACUCAGGCCCAGCUUUAACCCCUGCUGGUUUUAAAUUGGGAGUUGCAACAAUUAUAACUAUCAUAAUACCUCUUCUAAUCGCAGGCCGCCAUCUUUGAUUUGAUUAAUCCAUACGCGUGUAUUGUUGUUGAGUCCCCAUGGUGACCUCGUUAUUCUAGUUGGUUUACUCAUAUUUCAUUCAUUCAUUUAAAGCUGCAUUAUGUAAGAUUUAGAUAGACAUUGAUCGUUCAUAAUAUAUUAUUGUAGCAACGGUACUUGACAACCGGGACUAAGUCUCGAUUAUCCAUUGUAUCAUUAAAGUUUUAAAUUUCGCGCGUGUGAUGCGAAUAAAUGUCUAAAUAAUAAUUUAUGUAAGAUUUGAGCACGAAAGAAACACAUGCAAUAGGCAGAUUUAGCUCUUACAUAAUGCAACUUUAAAGUUAAGCCGGUCUCGUACACCGUCAUGUUGGAUCUCAAAGACAUCCUGCGAAAAGACAAAAACGCGUGGAGUAUGAAAAUAUCUGCGAUAAGGGUUUUGUCCAGAAACGAUAGCUUAACAUAUUGCAGACAUCCUGGUGUAUCAUGAAUCGUGGCGACGGAAGACAAUCGUGGACUAUCCCUUUAGCAUUUUCACCAGGAGUAUCUACUGGAGAAAGGGAAGCAACUGAUGGCGAGUAAGGUUUGAUUUAUUUUUAUCUUCCAAAUUCCAGAACAAUUGUUCUCACAUCCACCAAGUUAAUGACAGUCGCAACGUAGUCGAUGGUGCUCUGCCACGAUUAGCUCUGCCAAUGUCAUGAUUAGCUCGCCAUGAUUAAACAGGACAAAGUAUGAAACCGACUUAACAAGCAUACAGCUACAACCCCUCGCCUUUUUGGACCAGGAACUGAUCUUCUUCUUGUUUGUGGUUGACGCUCUUCGAAAAAGCCUAAGGCUCAACCAAUUCAAGGCCGAUCGACAUGAAAAUUAGCAUGCUUGUUCUUUGAACAUCGAUGUGGGGAAUUAGAGUUUUGAAUUUCAUCCAACAACAUGGUCAGUUCCUGGUCCAUAGUAAGAUCGUACUUGGUUUUUUUUAAAUCAGAAAAAUAUAUAAUUACUAGCUCUGAUAGGGAAUCCAGUCAAAUUAUCCGGUAAGAAAUAUUUAAAUUGAUAUUCAUCUUAAAGUCAUGUGACCUUUUAAAAUUACAAACAUCAAUAUUUUACCAUUACCAUAAAAAUACCUUAUGAAGAGCUGACUAAAAUGACAAACAUCAAUAUUUUACCAUUACCAUAAAAAUACCUUAUGAAGAGCUGACUAAAAUGACAAACAUCAAUAUUUUACCAUUACCAUAAAAAUACCUUAUGAAGAGCUGACUGUUCUUGCUAUAAUAGUUCAAAAAUAUAUAAUGCAAAAUACAUAUAUUGGCAAUUUUAUUCGGAUUGCUUUAUUCCAACCCAAGUUAUCAUUGUU